GCUUCGUAGUCAGAGUUGUUGUCUAUCGCCGCCGCGUUCUAGUUGUCCGAUUAUUGUUGCAGUCAAAGUGUGGUGGCGUGUAGCGAAAGAGAGCGUGGUCCUGCUGUUGGAAGUCACUGAGCGCGGGAGAGAAUCCUUGUAUUUUGUUGGAGUCAGUUCAGUGAGGAAAAUGGCGCCGUUCAUAGUGUUCUGAUGUAGUGCUGCUGCCAAGGAGUUUGAAACAGAAAAAUAUCACUAGCCUGUUGAUGAAAAUUUGAGAUAGUCUAAUGCAAAAGUGUUGAUUGUUCCGUGUGUUAGGGAAAGUUAUUGCGAAAAGUGAAUUGAUUUAGAUUCGAAUGGAGUUUUCUGGGCGGUGAUCAAAGUGAAGUCGUUGCUUUUCGGUGUCCAGUGAAUAGGAAGCGGAUCGUUUCGGGAAAUUUGUUGAUUUAUUGCUGAAUUGAGCGAGAGUUGACAAGCGAACUUCCGUGAUCUAAUUGAUGAAUGAUUCCUUCUGACAAGUUGUGAGGUGAAAGUUUACGCGUAGGAAUAUAGAUUUAGUGUUCAAAUUAACCAACGUCCAUUGCGACGACGACGACGACGACAACCACCACGGUGUGACGAAAAGGUGAAAUUUCCAAGUGAAUUCCCGAUAGAUUUUCAUCAAGUGCAGAGUGAGACAAGUUGGAAGAAGAGAAAAAGCAAGCUCCAGAAUACUUUUCCCAUGCAUAUAGGGUGAUUCUGCUCUGGUGAGGUGUGAGAACUACGUGCUUGGUGAGAGCACUCAGAACCCAUCAUCGUCCUCCCUCCGACGCGCUAGAAAAAGGAUACACACAUCCACACAACUGAAUCGCAGAGGAGCGCAACAGCACGUCUAGACCGAAAAAAUCGAUAUCCAAGCGAUUGAAUGCUAUCUUGUCCAUCAACAGUUGCCAGGAGGUAUUGAAGAACCCACAAAACUGCACCUUUUGGAGCGGUGAUACGAUAGCACCUUGCAACUUGCUUCCGUCGCCAGUCGGAGAGGAUGAAAAAUGAUUUAGAUUACGCCCAACAAUAGCAGAAGCGUACGUGGCGAUUGGGCCACUUCUACGAAAGCACACUGAACCGACUGAACCGAAGGAGCUACCACGCCGCCGGACGCUUUCAACGGGCAACCAACGCACACAAACACACAUACGUACAUCCCAUCUUCCAUAUCUUCGACUAGAAGACACCCGUCAACCAACACCAUCAUAGGUCCCACCGGGCAAAGAUGAAGUUUUCAAUUCCGCUCCCAGGUGGCGGCACUGGAUUGACUCUCUUCUCGAAACUAGUCCGAACCAAGGACCUCCGCAAGCUUCAGGGUGAAGAUCCGAAAAGUACAAAGCCAAAACUAACGAAAUGUCUAACCACACUCGACCUAACCUCACUCGGAGUGGGAUCGUGCUGUGGCACCGGUAUGUAUCUAGUCGCUGGUAUGGUAGCGAGAAACAUAGCUGGUCCCGGUGUAGUGCUUAGUUUUAUCAUAGCGGCAAUAGCUAGUAUAUUUUCAGGCGCCUGUUAUGCGGAGUUUGGCGUCCGAGUGCCACACACGUCCGGUUCGGCGUACAUGUACUCCUACGUCUCGGUGGGAGAGUUUGUGGCGUUCGUUAUCGGAUGGAACAUGAUAUUAGAAUAUUUAAUUGGUACGAGCGCAUGUGCCUGUGCACUGAGUGCAAGCUUCGAUUCACUGUCCGGAGGAUCCAUCAGCAGGAGCAUAGCUUCCGCAGUGGGGACCAUAUUCGGCCGGCCGCCGGAUUUCAUCGCAUUUGGCAUCACGCUGGUGAUGACUUGUGUGCUGGCACUGGGAGCCAGCAAAUCGGUGCUCUUCAACAACGUCCUCAACACGGUGAACUUGGCCUCGUGGGUAUUCGUCCUGACGGCUGGGAUGUUCUACGUCGACACCGCCACGUGGACCGAACAUGAAGGCUUCCUACCAUACGGCUGGAGUGGGGUGUUUACGGGGGCAGCCACCUGUUUCUACGCCUUCAUCGGGUUCGAUAUAAUUGCCACAACGGGCGAGGAAGCACACAACCCCCAGAAGAGCAUUCCGAAGGCGAUCGUUGGCUCGCUGGUGAUUGUGCUGUUCGUAUAUGUGACCAGUAGCUUUAUCCUAACGCUGACAGUUCCAUACGACCACAUCGAUAGCGGUUCGGCGUUGGUUCAGAUGUGGACCUACGUUGGGGCACCGAAGUGCCGCGCCCUGGUGGCCCUAGGUGCCACUGCUGGUCUCAGUGUGGCCAUGUUCGGUUCUAUGUUCCCAAUGCCCCGGGUGAUAUACGCCAUGGCUCAGGAUGGACUGGUCUUCCGGAUGCUGUCGCAGCUAUGGAGCCGUACUGGAGUGCCUGGAAUUGCCACCAUCGGCAGUGGAAUCGCUGCUUCCUUGGUGGCGUUAACCGUGCGGCUGGAGGUCCUAGUGGAGAUGAUGUCCAUAGGAACACUGCUGGCGUACACGCUGGUGUCGACUUGUGUACUAAUUCUGCGCUAUCAACCGCAUAGUACGACGUUGGUGGAUUUGUUACCUUCACAGCUGAGAACUCCACAGCCUCCGAGCACACCGGAUCCCACAACUCAACAGCGCGUGAAAGGGAACGUGAUGGUUAAAAAGAUUACGCGAGGGUCGCCCGAUUCGGAUGACAGUUUUGAAGACAGCAGUCCGGACGGUUUCAUGGGUCGGGAUGAUCAGUUCCUGGUGUCGGACAAGUCCGAGAAUAAGUUUUAUGGUGCUGUACAUGGUGCUCCGCAGGGUGGAUCCAAUCCUUUUACGCUGUGGGGUUUCAGCUACAUCGGUCGAAAGGUCGAACAAUACUCAUAUCUUUGCCCAGGACUAUUUCCGUGGGUGAGUCCAGGACCAGCGACGCACGAAAGCGGAAUGUUCGUGACGAAGAUGGUCGGUCUGAUGUACCUGUGUAUAUUCUUUUUGGAUUUGUUCAUGGCAAUCGGAAUUACGGGUGUGUUCUUCUCCUUGGUUUACACUGCCCUGAUACUGGGUAUCCUGUGUAUUCUGUUAGUAAUCUCUCGGCAACCCCAGAAUCGAUACGCUCUGCCCUUCCUAACGCCGGGACUUCCAUUCGUUCCUACGAUUGCCAUCACCGUCAACAUCUAUCUGAUAUUUAAGCUAAGCAUACUGACGCUGGUCCGGUUUACGGUUUGGAUGACGCUGGGCCUGAUCAUGUACUUCUACUAUGGAAUCACGCACAGUUCGCUGGAGAAUCCGAGCGAAGAGUUCGAGCUGACGGUGGAAGGCAACGGGCAGCAUCCUCCGUCCGGGCAGAAGACCAAUCUGAAAGUUCCUUCCCAGAGCAAUCACCGUGAACCGACGGCGGUGUGGGACCGACACGGGUACGAAAAUCGAAUGGCCACCAACGACGAUGGCAGCGAGCUACAGUGGGGCACGGGCAACAGUUGGAACCCAAGUGAUGCUUGGGGCGAUACUACCAUUUUCGAUCCGCCACGCCAGCAGCAACCUCCGCCGCCACAGCGCCCGUCGCAGCAUUACGAAUCGACCAACAUCUUUCAGCCACCGCCGACGCAGCAGCGGCCGGAAGCGAAAAAGGAUGGCUUCGGAAUGUUCUAUCAGGAAACCCCCAGCAGCCAUCCCACGUGGGAUGACUAAGCGGAGUUCCCUUCCUCAAUCGUCGGCCAAUCUUAGCCCAUCCUUCAAUCAACGCCUAGCUGUACAGAUACGCCCGCGCACAUACACAAACACACACACACACGAGAGAGCAUCCGGAGGACUGAAAGUGAUGAAACUAACUGGAAAGCAAUCAUCAACCCAUUAUUAUCUGUGUUGUUAUUAUUAUUGCGUCCUCGUCGUCGUCACAUCACAUUCUGCAUUUGUAUCUGCAUAUAGGUACACGACACGGUGUUGUAUUUAGCAAAGGCGCAACAGUGUGUUUGAGAGCUUAGGAAAGGACGAGAAUGCAGGGGGGCACUAUAAUGAGGGUGCGGUUUUCCGUUCAUGUUAGUCGUGAUACCGUAUGAGCCGCACAAAGCUUCGUCCUCGUGAGAAAUAUGCGUCCUCUUUUGCCAUGUGCCGUUUAAUGCAUAGAUUUAAUUUUGAGAUACAGUUGGCUUUGUUUAAUUAAACAUAAAACAGUUUACCUAUAUAGGAGUUUGAUGCCAGUGCUGCAACAGCAGCAGCAGCAGCAGCAUCAAGCUGGGUAUUUACCCAUGGGUGCUGGGCUUGAAUUAAUUGUCUUUCGCUGUUGUAAAUUUUAACGUGUUGACCACGCGAUCCAAGUGUGCGGUUGUCAAAUAUUGGCCUACUGUGGUGACUGGAGGGAUAUUAGUUUGCGUCAAUGAUUAUUGUGCGAUGACUUGGAAACGUUUGAUUAUGAACGGUUCAACAAAUUCAGGGAAUAGAGGAAGAUUUCCAUUCGAAUUCCUGUGGUAUUUUCUUACAGCACUAGGUGCAGCUAAUUGUAAGUACUUAUGUAAAACGCAAUAUGCGCACCCUUUUAUCACAGUGGCUAGUUGAUACAGUGGCAAAAAAUGCUUGACGAAAAUAUUAAAAGUAGUUUAUAUAACUGGAAUGGUAAGAGAUGGGGUGAAACAUUUGUAUCCACAUACAAUGAUUUGCUCGAUAAUAUGGAGACUUCGCUUGACAACCUGAAUUGCAUUCCUCUAACGAGUAGGUAUCGUCAACCCACCUUAAUAAAUUCAGCACACGGCAUGCUUGUGAUGAAUUGCACGUGGUUCAGGAUUGAAAAUUAGUAGAAAAUAAAUAGUUUGACCCAGAAAUGGAAAUUUUAGCGGCAAUAUUCUUAAAAUUUAUCACUUCAAUUUCUUCAGCAAAGUUUUUCAAGUAAUCUACAACUUUGUAGAAGGUCCAUCAUAACAUAAUCAAAAAUUAGAAACUUAAAUUUAAAUUGCUGUCAUUCUAAGGACCACCCUAUUUGAAAAUUUCAUUAAAAUAAAGUCCUUACUAUAAGUAACAACUUCAAAGAAGGGCGAACCAGCCGCUGGCAGAAAGCCAUGUAGAUAAAGAAAAAAAAAACUUCACAGGAGAUACUUAGCUGGUAAAGCUGCAAUUUAUGUCCUCCUAAUUUUCAUUUGUGGCUCUUUAAAGAUCGAUGACAUAAGAUCACCUUGAAGAAAUCAUUUGCGAGGAAUCAACGUAUAAAAAGUGAUUGUAAAAAAAAAUGUUUUUCUGGAGUCACCUUAUGUCACCUUUUCAAAACCAGUAUAAAACGAGAACCAUUAGAGACAGAACAUUUCUAUCAUUGUUUCAAAUUAAUUGUUCUACAACUUUGUAGCACAUCGUGCCGGUCUAUA